AUAUGUUGUGCACAGAACCAUCCUCCACUCAUGUCUCUACUACGUUUUGAUUCUGCCGGUUCUCCUUCAGUGACUGUCAGCUGCACAGCUGCACCGGACGGAUCUGUGUCUCUAUCUCCAGCUGUGCGGCUCCAGUCCCGCAGGCAGGGUCGGCCAUGUUGUUGUGUGGGGGUUGAUACAAGUUUAGUAGUAGGAAGUAGAGGCUGUAAAGAGCUAAGGAUACUUUCUCUGACUUUUUUCCGGCCACGGUCAUGUCGCCGCUGCAUCCAUCCCGUCCGACCUGUGCGCUCUGACAACAAUGACCGUCUCCUCCACCGGCUCCGCCACCGUUACGCACUGUAACAGUCCAGCUGCUUUGUUUUAACUCCAGCACUAGAUCUAAUCACAGUUGCUCUGCUGGAUGGAUAGAGUGAGGAUGAAGACGGUUCGAUCCCAGCUGGAGCAACUCGGAUUUGUCUCUCCCCCUAGGAUCUGAUUCAAGUGGAAGGAAAAAGGAGAAACCACCCAAGAAGGACGCGGAUAGUGAAGUGUGCCCAGACACAUCAGGCUGAAGGGCCACCUCAUCACUGAAAAUAUCUAGCCACAUCUUGACUCAUGCAGAUUCAGAUGAGGGUGAGACAAUGGGCUGUAUCAAGAGCAAAGAGGACAAGAAUCCUACUACAAAGUAUCAACCAGAGAAUUUCCUGCCUUCAGACCACAACAACACCACCAAGACUCAAGGAGGCCACUAUGGACCAGAGCCUACCCAGCUGCUGCAGCAGAAUCAGUCUCCCCCGUCUUCAUCUGGUUCCGGAGCUGCAAACUUCAACCACACAGUCACACAAUUUGGCGCUGCCUCAUCUGCCAUAACUCCCUUUGGAGGGACAUCGUCUUCCUUCUCUGGAGCUGUGUCCAACUCAUUCUCUGGUGCUGUUUCAAAUGGUGUUACUUUCUUUGUGGCCUUGUAUGACUAUGAAGCCCGAACAUCAGAUGAUCUUACGUUUAAAAAGGGAGAUCGGUUCCAGAUCAUUAACAAUACAGAAGGAGACUGGUGGGAGGCUCACUGUAUCAACACCGGGAAGAAGGGCUACAUCCCGAGCAAUUACGUGGCUCCAGCUGACUCUAUCCAGGCUGAAGAGUGGUACUUCGGUAAAAUGGGUCGCAAAGAUGCUGAGAGGUUGCUGCUGAAUGCAGGGAAUAAUCGAGGAACAUUCCUUGUGCGAGAAAGUGAAACUACUAAAGGUGCUUAUUCUCUCUCCAUACGAGACUGGGAUGAAGCCAAAGGAGACAAUGUGAAACACUAUAAGAUCCGUAAGCUUGACAGCGGGGGAUACUACAUCACUACACGAGUACAGUUCGAUGCAUUACAGAAGCUUGUCAAACACUAUACAGAACAUGCUGACGGCCUUUGCCACAGGCUGACCACAGUUUGCCCCACAGUGAAGCCUCAGACCCAGGGGCUCGCUAAAGAUGCCUGGGAGAUUCCCCGGGAGUCCCUGCGACUGGAGGUCAAACUGGGCCAGGGCUGCUUUGGAGAGGUUUGGAUGGGCACGUGGAACGGCACUACUAAGGUGGCUAUAAAGACACUGAAACCGGGAACUAUGUCGCCCGAGGCCUUCCUCCAAGAGGCUCAGAUCAUGAAGAAGCUCAGGCAUGAUAAACUGGUGCCUCUCUAUGCAGUGGUGUCUGAGGAACCCAUCUACAUUGUCACGGAGUACAUGAGCAAAGGAAGCUUGCUUGACUUCCUCAAGGAAGGUGAUGGAAAAUACUUGAAGCUUGUCUUGCUGGUAGACAUGGCGGCAAAGAUCGCUGAUGGCAUGGCUUUCAUCGAGAGGAUGAAUUACAUUCACCGGGAUCUUCGCGCUGCCAACAUCCUUGUGGGUGAUAACCUGGUGUGCAAAAUCGCUGACUUUGGCCUGGCCAGGUUGAUAGAGGACAAUGAAUACACUGCCAGGCAAGGAGCUAAAUUCCCCAUUAAAUGGACGGCCCCAGAGGCUGCGCUGUACGGCCGCUUCACCAUCAAAUCAGACGUCUGGUCCUUUGGCAUCUUACUCAUUGAGCUUGUCACCAAAGGCAGAGUGCCCUACCCAGGUAUGGUGAACCGGGAGGUGCUGGAGCAGGUGGAGCGAGGCUAUCGCAUGCCUUGCCCCCAGGGGUGCCCCGAGUCCCUGCACGAGAUGAUGAAUCUCUGCUGGAAGAAGGAGCCAGAUGAGAGGCCCACUUUCGAGUACCUCCAGUCCUUCCUAGAGGACUACUUCACCGCCACAGAGCCACAGUACCAGCCUGGAGAGAACCUAUAGCCUGCCUGGACUCAGAGGGCAAGAGCUGGACACGCUGAGUCUGUAAAAAGUCGACUGGAAACCGGAGUGAUCAGUCAGACAAACCACUUUACCUGUUCUUUAUUUCUGUCUUUGCUUCGUGUCCAUCGGCAUUUUAUAAUUUCAUAUUUUUUGUGGUACUACACAAGUCUUACCUAUAUGUGAAUUUUAGCUUUUUCAUGUGGAUGUUCACAAUGGCAGACUGUGGUUAUGGACACAUGUUCGUCUUAGCUGUGUGAAAUAAGCUGUGAUAAUGAUUCAAAAGAAAAGCAUAUAACAGAGUGUGGCCAGCCUUUUAUGUGUUGUGAUGUGGAGAUUUCUCACUUCGUUUGCUUCCAAAUUGUAGUCUUUGUGGUAGAUUAGUAAAUUAUACAUCAAAACAAUUAUUGGUGACAAAACAAUAUAUUGUAUUAAUAGGGAGGAGGUCUGAGGGGAUUGAUGACCAUCACCACAGUCAAUAUGAUUAUUUAAAAGCAGGUCCCACACAGUUUAGCUUUAGCUGCAUCUAUUUGCAUUUGUUACAGUGCAAUUUUUUGUUUGUUUUUAAUGUUAUGUUCCUUUAUGAAAUUAUUAUGGCAAGAAUCCUGCAGAGAUUCCUGACAGUUCAUCAUUGACCAGAAAUCACUGCCAGGCCUGUUAUAUAGCAGCGCCAUAAAGCUUUCUUUCCCUCACUGCCCAGGUCAUAUGAUCUCCCUGUGAUCCUUUAACAAAAAAGGUUUGUAUAAUGUGUCAUGGAGCUGACAUGUCAGCAAAAACAACAGUUAACAGAGAUGCAACCUGUGGACUGGUGGCUUCUUGCCAAGCCUGAGUGACACUAGACAUAUGAAAUUGCUACCAACCAAUAUGCAGGAGGAUUUUAACACUUUUUAAAAGUGGAAAACAAACCAUUCUACCAAACAAAGUGGACACAUCCAUUUUUAUCUUUUAAAAUGUGACAUACACAUGUAUGUGGAUGGCUACACAGGAUGGCUCUGCAAAAACUAUUUGCACAACAGUGUAGGCUAUACCGUUUUUACAGUGAUUCUUUUUCCCUUUAUAUUUGGUUCCUCUAUGAACUCUUUGGAACAGUAUUAUAAUGGAAUAACUGACAACUGAACUUGUAAAGAAUGGAUUUGUAUAUUACAAAAUCCCCAUUUUAUAAUAUUAUUAUUAAUAAACUUGUCAGAAUAGCAUAUUUUACAAGGGGCUUGUGAGUGGAGACUCAUCUGCGCAAUUUGUACAAUAAAGACGUGAUUUUACA